UCAUGGGGGAGGUGGUGGCGCUUAGUGGCUACUUGCGGCGGAGGUAGAGUGUGAGGCGCUGGAGUUGUGCAGGGCCAGCGGCAGUUUUCAGAUUUUGGAGCCUAAGGAACAUUUUCCAGGGGAGAUUGCCAGUACAGCCACUUUGGCAACCAAAAUCUUGAUACGUAGCCACAGACUGGAAUAUUGGUGGGCCACAGUACUCAGAAAUCUUCUUCAUACAGAUGAGGAAACUGACACUUGGUGAAGUUACGAAAUUUGUCCAAAGUCACACAGCUUGUAAAAGGCACAGCCAAGAUUCAGAGCCAGCCCGAAGAGCAAUCAGGGUUCCCUGCCCUGUGGGAAGUCCAAGGAACUCCCACCUCCACACAAAGGCAACCUACUGACUGGGAGAAGAUCUUCACCAACCCCACAACUGACAAAGGUUGUAAAAGCUAACAUGAACAAACUACGGCAGAGUUUUAGGAGAAAGAAAGAUGUUUAUGUCCCAGAGGCCAGUCGUCCACAUCAGUGGCAGACAGAUGAAGAAGGAGUCCGAACUGGAAAGUGUAGCUUCCCAGUUAAGUACCUUGGCCACGUAGAAGUUGAUGAGUCAAGAGGAAUGCACAUCUGUGAAGAUGCUGUAAAAAGAUUGAAAGCUGAAAGGAAGUUCUUCAAAGGCUUCUUUGGAAAAACGGGAAAGAAAGCAGUGAAGGCCGUUCUAUGGGUAUCGGCGGACGGACUCAGGGUUGUGGAUGAAAAAACCAAGGACCUCAUAGUUGACCAGACGAUAGAGAAAGUUUCUUUCUGUGCCCCAGAUAGGAACUUUGACAGAGCCUUUUCUUAUAUAUGCCGAGAUGGCACCACUCGGCGCUGGAUCUGUCACUGCUUCAUGGCUGUCAAGGACACGGGGGAGAGACUGAGCCAUGCCGUAGGCUGUGCUUUUGCAGCCUGUUUAGAGCGAAAACAGAAACGGGAGAAGGAAUGUGGAGUCACUGCCACCUUUGAUGCCAGUAGAACCACUUUUACAAGAGAAGGAUCAUUCCGAGUCACAACUGCCACUGAACAAGCUGAAAGAGAGGAGAUCAUGAAACAGCUGCAAGAUGCCAAGAAAGAGACAGAUAAGGCAGUUGUUGGUCCAUCAGUGGCCUCUGGCAACACUGCACCAUCCCCAUCCUCUCCCACCUCUCCCACUUCGGAUACCACUGCUUCUCUGGAGAUGAACAAUCCUCAUGCCAUCCCACGCCGGCAUGCACCAAUUGAACAGCUUGCUCGCCAAGGCUCCUUCCGGGGAUUUCCUGCUCUUAGCCAGAAGAUGUCACCCUUUAAACGCCAACUAUCCCUCCGCAUCAAUGAGUUGCCUUCCACUAUGCAGAGGAAGACUGAUUUCCCAAUCAAAAAUGCAGUGCCAGAGGUAGAAGGAGAGGCAGAGAGCAUCAGUUCCCUGUGCUCACAGAUCACCAGUGCCUUCAGCACACCCUCUGAAGACCCCUUUUCCUCCGCCCCAAUGACCAAGCCAGUGACACUGGUAGCACCACAGUCUCCUGUCUUACAAGCUAAUGGCACUGACUCAGCCUUCCAUGUGCUUGCUGCUAAGCCAGCCAAUACUGCUCUAGCACCCGUAGCAAUGCCUGUGCGUGAAACGAACCCUUGGGCCCAUGCCCCUGAUGCUGCUAACAAGGAAAUUGCAGCCAUACAUCCGGGGACUGAGUGGGGUCAGUCUUCUGGUGCUGCCUCUCCAGGUCUCUUCCAGGCUGGUCAUAGACGUACUCCCUCUGAGGCUGACCGUUGGUUAGAAGAAGUAUCAAAGAGCGUCCGGGUCCAGCAGCCACAGGCCCCAACUGCCCCUCUGCAGCCAGUUCUUCAGCCUCCUCCACCUACUGCCAUUGCCCCACCAGCACCACCUUUCCAAGGAAAUACAUUCCUCAGCUCUCAGCCUGUCCCAGUGGGUGUGGUCCCACCCCUGCAGCCAGCCUUUGUCCCUGCCCAGUCCUACCCUGUGGCCAAUGGGAUGCCCUAUGCAGCCUCUAAUGUGCCUGUAGUGGGCAUCACCCCUUCCCAGAUGGUAGCCAAUGUGUUUGGCACUGCAGGUCAUCCUCAGGCCAGUCAUCCCCAUCAGUCACCAAGCCUGGCCAGACAGCAGACAUUCCCUCAGUAUGAGACAAGUAGUGCUACCACCAGUCCCUUCUUUAAGCCUUCUGCUCAGCACCUCAAUGGUUCUGCAGCUUUCAAUGGUGUAGACGAUGGCAGGCUGGCCUCAGGAAGCAGGCAUGCAGAGGUUCCUGCAGGCACCUGCCCAGUGGAUCCUUUUGAAGCCCAGUGGGCUGCAUUAGAAAGCAAGUCCAAGCAGCGCACUAAUCCCUCCCCUACCAACCCUUUCUCCAGCGACUUACAGAAGACGUUUGAAAUCGAACUUUAGACAGUUUCUGCGACGUGUCUUUUUCUGUACUUAGAGGAGCAAAGAGGACUUUGCUUUCCUGAUCAGUACACUUUUUACUAAUCCCAAAGGUCCCAAGGAGCGAGUCCAAGCUCAGAGCACAGUGAGGGGUGGUGACCGGAGAGGGCCGCUCUGCAGCUAGGCUAGAGAAGUCAAGGAGACGUUGCCUUUUGACCGCUCUCAAACCCUUACAAAUCUCUGGCAACAGAGAGGCAGAAGUAUCUGAAGAGGAAUCUGUAUUCAAAGCACACUUACUGGAAUAUAAACAUAACAGUGAGCAAAACAAUCUCCCUUUAUUUUUCAGGCCAGUCGCCCAUUCCUCCCAGUACUGGCCUGACUUAGCUUGAUGGAGAACAGUGUGGCUUGUACAAGCUGGGAAGCGAGGCAGCUCAUGCUGCCCUGUUCACAGGAGGGCUCAGCGGCAGCUGUGUCCUGGGGAUAAAGCUGAGCUUCCAUUUUGAAUAACAGAAUAAAUAUUAUAAAUAUAUAUAUAUCAAAAAAGCCAAAAUCUUUAUUUUUAUGCACCUAGAAUAUUUUAAAUAGUUCUCAAUAUUAAAAAGUUGUAUGAGUUGUAAGUAAUCUUGCCAAAAGUGAGCGGGUUAGUUGUAAGAAAUUGUACAUAAGAUUGAUUUAUCGUUGAUGCCUAUUGAAGUAAAGAGGGAGGGUCGGGAACUGUGGGCAGGAGCCCUGGCUUGUCUGUGAUCACUCAUUGUAACUAGCACAUGCAACAACAAUCAUACUUAUGACCAGUACAGCCACUAGGUUGUAGUUUUAAAUAAAAUGAAAGCAGUGUUGUUCUUGUUUUAAACCUAUGGUGAAACUCUAAUGUCAUUAUUUUAAUGGAAUCAAUCUACACUCUAGAGAAUGUGUAUUAUCUUUUAUGUAUUAUUGCAGUUUCCUUAUGUUAAUCCUUUAUCAUUAAGGUGACAGUGACAUAAUCAUAUCCAGAAAGGGAAUGCAGGCUAUUGUGUUGGUUUGUAGUAUGGGUCUUCAUGGGUUUUGUACUUAAAGUUUUGUUCCCAUAAGUUUUAUAGGGAUGAGGAUUCUGGAUUUAUCUGCUCUGUGUGUCGUUUCCCCGUUUUCCCCGCCAUGAAUAGAACAUCCCAUGCCAGUUGCAGCUACUUGACCUCGGGUAACAACGUGAGACCCCAUCUCAUUUUUACUUUGAACGUUGGCCUUACAAUCAAAUGUAAGUUAUAUAUACAUAUAUAUAUUUGUACUGAUGAGAAUUUAUAAUCUGCUUUAACAAAAUAAAUGUUCGUGGUAGAAGCUUUUGCCCAUGAAGGGCUGUUCUUAUUUGCAAGUGAACCUCUAGUUGUUUUUAUUCCUCUCUACUGCCAGUUUCUAGUUUGGGACUAGUAUAGUCCUUAGCUGUCGUGGGCGCAUCAGCGGCUGUGAUGCUCAGAGUAGGUCUGCAACAGAAACUGGGACUUUUAGUCACGGGGUGCAGGGGUGCCGUAUGGAUAGACAGGGUCUCACUACGUAGUCCUGGCUGGCUUCGAACUCACAGAUCCACCUACCUCUGCCUCUCAGUGCACCACCACUGCCUGAUAGCACUGCUUCUCAGCUUUGGCUGUAUAUUGGAAUUCCCUGAGGUGCAGCUUAGUGGAAUGUGAACUCAGCAUGCCUGAGAUUUCCCACCGUGCAUGCGCAUGCACACAAAUACCUAUACCACCAGACUACUCACCAGCCCAAUUAAAUCAAAAUUUCAGUGGGAGGGACCAAGCUGUGCUUCAAAUCUUGAGGAGUGUUUCUGGCGGUUUGUUACACUCUGGUUAGCAGGGUAAGCACCCCUGGUCUAGAGCACUUACUGUUGCUGCUCAAGCUUCCUGCUUGUACCUGCAGACAGCUCUCUCCUUUCUGAGCAAGAUGACCUGAGAUACCGCUUCUACAUGCAGCUUUGUUUUCCAGCCGAUGUCAGAGCUUUGAUACUAAAUAGUCUUCUAGGAGAGUCUAGGAGUUAAAGUGGGAAAGCCUUG